AUGGCCACGAAGCAAGGAUAUUUAUCUAUAUGCGAUCCAGACUUAACUCCAAUUGCAGCUACUAAAUCAUCUCCUUUCAUAUCUCGCAGAGCAUUUGAUCCAUCAGGACGCCUUGGUUCACUCUAUGAUGCAUAUUCUGAUCGAAUACUUUCCAACUCGACUAUAGACUUUCUUACACAAUUCGCCGAUUCACGUCGACAGCCAAAAUGUUAUAUGAAAACAUGCAAUGUAGAUGAAUGUGUGAACCUUUUAAAAUGGUGUAAUAUACAAGAUGAACUAAGAUUAAGUGUCGCAUUAGAAAUGACGCCAACCACUGGGAUGGGAACAUUAAUCAAGUAUUUUCGUCCAAUCGAUAAAUAUACUCGUUUUAUGUCAUACAACUAUUAUAGUUGGACAGACUAUAUAGAAGAUGAUGAGUUCAAGAUAUCAAAAGAAAUCAAACCACCAAGGCAUGAUACUCGUGCUACUCAUAUGAUUGUGUUAGUUAAUUGGGGAAUUGAUGCGGUCAUUGCUUUACAACUGCCUCCUGAUGAUGAACAAAUUGAGGAAAUCGACUGUACUCUGCAAAAACUAUGCAUAUCUUUGAGCGAUGAUCACUCUAUAGUAACAUUAUCUGAACAAGACAAGCGCUUGCUCGAAAAAAUUCGUCACAUAGAAGUAUUUUCCAAUAUACCUGAACUCACUAGACUCAAUUCAAUUAUUGAUUUUCACCGUGAUAUUCCAUCACUGAAGUAUAAUAGCGAUCUUCUCAAGCCAUAUAAUUAUAAUCUUUGUCCCAUCGAGCAUUUUUAUACUACGAAUAAUGGAAAUAAAGUUAUAUUCACUGAGCUGCAGAAAGACAACACCUAUAAAGUCGAAUCAUAUUUGCUUCAAUUAUCACUCGACUUCGCAAGAUUAACCAAAGCAAUGGAUCAAGAUUAUCCAAAUCUACGACAAAGUCUCAAUAUCGAACUCAAUAAAAUGCAAACAAGUUGGCAUGAAUUGAAAGUGAUGUACACGAUUGAAAUCCAUCGGUUUCAAGAUAUAAUAAUGAGUGUUCGUCGUGGUGAAAUCGAUCAGAGUAAGAUUCCUGACGCAUUAAGCAACGAUCAAUCAAGAAAACUGAGAAAGAUGAUAAGCGAUUUCACCAAUGAUCUGAAUGCAAUGGACAAAAAGGAGCACUUCAUAAAGGAUUUGUUAGAAAAAAGAUUUACAUAUCAAAAUGCAAUCGAUCGAGGUAUAGAAAAUGGCGAUGAUGAACAAGCACUUGAACGGAAGCUAUUGACUGAUGCAAAUUGUACACGAAUCAUCUGUUCCAAUGACUAUUUAUACGAAACUAAUCGGUCACAAUGGUAUACUCUUUGUGGUAAAUUACUGAAGGAAUAUGAAGAAAAUCCUCAAUUACAAUUAAUCCAUGUUGAUUUCUCUUAUAGUUCAUACAAACUGAAUGACAUCAUCAUUUUACCUAUAGCUGAAAAGAAGAAUAUUAUAAGUGUUCCACCACCAGUGACAACAUUACCAAUAGAACGGCAAAAAAGUGAUGAAAGUAUCAAUAUAUUACUUCUUGGCGAAUCAGGUGUUGGAAAAUCGACUUUUAUCAACGCUCUUGCUAAUUAUCUGAAAUUCGACAAGCUCAAAGAAGCAGAGGAAAAGCCUAUUGUACUCAUACCUGUUUCAUUUGUUAUGACUAUUGAUGAUAAUUUUACAGAACGUUCAGUCAAAUUUGAGGGAGAUGAUACUUUAAGUAAUGAAGAUCAUGAUCAUAUUGGUCAAUCAGUAACUCAACAUUGCAAAUCAUAUGUGUUUACUCUUCGAGAUGGUGAGAGUCGUGGUCAACAAUUGAGAAUUAUUGACACUCCCGGAAUCGGAGAUACGCAUGGAUCGGGUCAAGACAAUGCAAAUCUACAACAUAUUUUAUCAUACAUUACUAAUCUGACACACUUGAAUGCUAUUUGUAUUCUGUUGAAAUCCAACAAUGUACGACUUGACAUUUUAUUUCGUUCAUGGUUUAUGGAAUUGUUCGAUAUUCUGACCGAAAAUACAUGCGACAGGAUUAUGUUUUGUUUCACUAACUCACGUUCAACAUUUUAUACACCAGGAAGCACAGUUCCUGUACUCAAGGUUUUACUUAAUUCACUUCCAGGCAAAAAGAUUCCUUUCACGAAAGCGAAUACGUUUUGUUUCGAUAGUGAGUCAUUUCGUUACUUAGUCGCAAGACUCAAUGGGAUCACAUUUGAGGACGUUGAAGAACAAGGGUACAAUGAUAGUUGGGAGAAAUCCUCGAAUGAAUCAAAUCGUCUUCUUGAAUAUAUUCUCACUAAAAUGUCCAUAGGAAUUCAUCCCAAUGAAUCGCAGUCGAUGAAAAAUGCACGAUUUAAAAUUAAUUUAAUGAUUCGACCUAUGUUAGAAGCAAUGCGAAAUAUUCUUCGUAAUAUUAUUUUAUCGAAUGCAGGAUCACUUAAAGUUUCUAUAGAAUUAAAUACCAGAAUCAUUACAGGCACAGCAGCAAUUUGCUUAAAAUGUCCUCGUGAAUCUUUGAAAGUUGCCGAUGUUUGGAUUACAAGUGAUAGUUUACAUAGCUUUCAGAAGAAAUGUCGAACUUGUCAGUGUGACUCAUCUGAGCACUAUUCAAUAAAUUAUGAACUUGCAUAUAAACAAUGUGAUGACUUAGCAAACAGCUCUGAGACUGAUAUGAGAAAGGUGCUUAAUGAUUUGUGUCAAUCGAGUGCCGAAUUCGCUAAUUUCAUGUUGGAACCAUUCGACAUUUCUCAAAAUGAUCCUUUCUUGGUAGGCUUGAAGAGAAUGAUUGAAGAAGAAAAUGAUAUUUGCGCGAACAAGAGUUCAUGCCAACUCAACUUAAGUCUCAACGAGCAGCUUAAAGAACUCAAAAAUAAUUAUGAAAACACAAGGAAGAAAAUGACUGCAAAGAAAGAAUGCAUUGAACUGGAUAAUAUUUAUCAGAAGAUUGAAAAUGUGAGCAAAAAUGAAAUGAUAGAAGUACAAAUGGCUGCAAUUAGAGAAUGGUACAAAUUCAUGAUAAAGCAUUAUGAAUAUGAGGUGCCAACUUGA